GGGUAUCAUGAGGUUUGUUUUGAUUGUAACUUCAACACAAAUGAAUGGAAAUGAAUUCAUAAGGAUCGCCUUGGCAAUGGCAAAGGUUGUUUGGAAACAGAAAAAAAGAUAACAAAACAUUGACGAGGUUUCACGGGAAGGAAAAUUUAAAUCAUGUCGUACGUCGCGUGGUUAUCAAAAAUCCGCAGUGCUGAUAAAUCAUCCGCAAUCCAGGGCACGGUAAGAAAGGUGCACUACAGUUUUCCCGAUGGUAAUGAGAUGAUAGAAGAAUACAGCACCGAAACGGGAGUCAUCCUACGGCGAGCCUGGAAGGUGCGCAGUGAUUUACUCAAGAAUGACAACUGGUCGAUCGAGCUGGGGGACGCAAUUCCGAAGGUGGAGAAGAACGACGGGUUCCUCAUGCGAGAAGCUUCAAGCGAACCAUUCCUGUCGAAGCGCGUAACGCGACAUGCGAUCGAGUGGCGGAUCCGAAAUUUGCACUACCCACUGUCCACGUACACGAUUACUUGUGAUGGAGACGCGAGGACCAUCACAGUGAGGACGUCGAACAAGAAAUAUUUCAAGAAGAUUGCGGUGCCUGAAUUCGAAAGAUGCAACUUCCCACCGGUGCAAGAGGAUCUGACCGUGAGACAUCAGAACCAAACUUUGAUUAUUUCGUAUAAGAAACCGCCAAUUCUGAUAGAAAUGGAGAAAGCCGUUCUGGUAGAAUUGCAAAAUGUGGAAACUAUUGAAUACAACAAUAUGCAAUGUGAAGAUCUACUCAAAGGCUUGAUCGGGUAAUAAAUGUCCAUCCUAGUAAUAUUAACAAAAAAAUCA